GCAUUUCGCAGUUUCACUCGCGGCAGGUGCUCUGUUUUUGUUUGUGCACGGACAGGGCAUGCCCUCGGGGCUGAGACGAGAACUCUGAUCAGCCGACUAGGAUAACUUAGGGAUAACCUUGAUUCUUCAGGCGACGCCUGUGCAAUAGAAUAGUGACAUUUGUUACGCUGAACAUGUUUAAUAAUUUAUACUGAAAUCAUUUUGAUUCUUUCUCUUGGGCUUCGUAGUUUGUGAGAAUGCUGCAUCACCUACUCAAUGGAUUAAUUUGUAUUAAACUUAAAUGUGUCGUCGCAAUUUGAAGAUGUCACAAUGCAGUUAUGUGCAACUUUCAUAUACGGGUGCGCUGCAAUGAGUGAAAGAAAGUCAAAUUAUCUCGUAAAUAAACGUUAAUGGUUAAUACAGUGUCGAGGAAUUAUUAACCUGGCACAAUGAGGCCAGGUGUCAAAAAGAAGUUAUUUUCGAUAAAUAUCAAUUAUAUUACUUUGAUUACUUGGUGGUUCAUUUGGUGGUUACACUUAAUUGAAGAUAAUAAUGCAGCUGUUCAGCCAACACCGUGUGAUAAAUCUCGGAAGGUAUUUAAUACUUCAUGGGGUGUUAUUACUGAUGGACCAUCAGGAUCCAAUUACACUCAGGACUCUCACUGUGAAUGGUUAAUAAAAGCCAACAACAGUCGACAGUUCAUUACUCUGACAUUCCGAGCCAUGGGCACAGAGUGCUCGUAUGAUUAUGUAUUUGUGUAUGAUGGAGAUUCAUUUAAAGCUCCUUUACUGGGAAGUUUUAGUGGAAAGACUGAGCCUCAACAGGUGACAGCAGCAUCUGGUGCUAUGUUGAUAUUGUUGUACAGUGACACAAAUUAUGUUUUGGAUGGCUUUCGUGCAGAAUUUUUUGUGACUGAUUGCCCAAACAAUUGUUCAUCUCAUGGUAUUUCUCAUGGCAUGUGUACCGACCAUUUCUGUGUUUGUGAUGAAGGGUGGGGUGGUAAAGACUGCAGCAGAAAACUCUGUCCAGAAAAUUGUGGAAAUGGUACUUGUGCUUCUGGAAGUAAAUGUGUAUGUGAGCCUGGCUUUUCAGGACAGGCAUGCACACUUCAUCGAUCAGAUACUGUUGGAAACAAGUGGCAUUGGCUUUCACAUUCUGAGACUGGCUUAUCACCUCGAGCAGCUCAUUCAGCAGUCUAUUUAAGUGAUUCGGAUUCCCUUUUUGUAUUUGGUGGUUAUGAUCUCAAUCGAGUAUUAGGAGAUCUUGUCAUUUACCGUUUCAACACAAGCCAUUGGGAAGAUGAAGAAGGCAAUAUUCUGGAUAAGGAUCCUGCAACUCCUUUGGAUAACCCAAAACAAUUUUUGAAUGCUUUACUGGAACAUGUAGGAGAUAAGCGCUGGGGAAUUGGAACAAAGACAUCAUUUUUUAGCAAUAUUCUUCUAGCAAUUGCUGAUAAUUCCACCCAGAGCAUUCGAUAUCAACGAGCCAGUGAUAAACCUAGUUUUGUUCGAGCCAGUAAUCAUGCAAGACAUUUGAGAAUUCGAAGACAGCUAUCAGAAGGCAGUAUAGAUGAACCCUUGGAGAGGCAUAAAGUUGUUGGGGAAUGGGAGAGUCAGUUGUGGGAGCAAAACAAACCUGAAAGCACCACAGAAAGAGAAUUUGUCAGUGCUGUACCUGAGUCACCCAAUUUCACUGAUAAUCAGCAAGGAAUGGAUCGUAAAGGAUCAGUUGAUAAUCCCGAAGUCCAUCCGAAAAUUCCCUCCAAACCUGCACCACGGUAUGGGCAUGCUGCUUGCAGUUACAAUGGUGGUUUUGUAUUAUAUGGUGGAAAAUUGUCAAAUGGCUCAUUGUCUGAUGAACUGUGGUUUUACAACACCUCUGGUCGAGUGUGGACAUUACGUGCUUCCAAGUCUGAGAUACGUCCUCCUCCAUUGACACGGCAUACACUUACAAGAGCUGGCCGUGAGGAUUGGCUAUAUUUAUUUGGUGGAAGCACCCUUGGAGGAGAAUUUUCAUCUCGACUCUUUCGUAUUAGACUAAAUCUAAGAAAUUAUUUAAUUGUGUUUGGAGGCUACUCACAUCGCCAUAAUAAAGAAGAAAUUUGCUAUGACAAUCAAAUGUAUUUGUAUCAUUUAGGUUGUCAUACUUGGAUCAGUCAUGAUAUUCUUGGGAGUUCUGAUAAAGGUCAAGAUUAUAGAUAUCCCAAACAACAGGGUGUCUUUGCCCAUGCAGCUGAUGUACGAAAUGGGAAUACUUUAUUAAUAGUGGGUGGUUAUCAUGGAAAUGUCAAUUCUGAUCUCCUUGCUUACACUCUACCUCCCAUGCUUGCUAGCAGAACUGGUGAAAUUUAUGAACCAGAACAGAUCUGCAAUAGGCAUCGCACUCUCAUGGAAUGCACUGCUAAUCCUGAAUGUGGAUGGUGUUCUGCUGAUGAAGUCUGUUAUGGCCGCACAGUGGGCAUCAAUUGCACCACCAAUCUCCAAACUACCCGCUGUCCUGGUGUGUGCCCUGCCUUGGGAGAUUGUCAUUCAUGUCUAAUACAUGGAAAUGCAGUUCACAGUAGAGGUGUCCUAACAGGAAAAAGCAGAUCAGGUGCUAGUGGACUAGUGGCAUCAGUGGCCAGCAAACUACGCCUUGAUCAUUGUACUUGGUGUGUGCAGAAUGCACGGUGUAAUUAUAAAGAUGAUAAUUUUGGAGUAUGUGGACUUCGGGAAGAUUCUCUCUCUCAGGUUCCUGGGUGGUGGGGACCAAAAGGUACUGAGGUAGUGAAAGUGGAAGAAUGUAGAGUGCUAGAUCGUCGGCCUGGCCUAACAUUUAUAAAAUAUCGUCAUCCUGCAAAUUUUUCUCAACCUGAUUCAGUUAGUAUAAUAAAUGCUACAACAGUGGACUUCAAUAUGCUGAGUCAGGCAUCUCGAACCGAACAGUCACUUGGAGGAGAAAUAAUAGCACGCUUGCUGGGCUUUUUAAGGCCUCCUGAUACUUGGAGUGAUGGCAAUGAAAGACUACGCAUGUGUGCAAGUUUCUCGUCAACAAUUCUGCGUCUAUCUCAUGGGAAGACUCAUUCUGAUAUGGAAACUGUUGCAAAUCUCACAGCUGAGUCUUCACAGUGUGUGGCAGCCCAGUGGCCCAAUGGGCAGCCUGUUGUUCUUCAGCCAGAUGAAGUCCUAAAUAUCCCAGGGCGAUAUUUAGUUGAUUUUGAGUCGCAUACAGCCAGUAACUUCAAUGUUCAUCAGCAGUCUAAGAUGGAACUCCAGCAUAAUAAAAGUCAUGAGAAUGCCAAGGUUUUUACAUUUGAAUACCUGGAACCUUUUGAAAAUGGCUCUUGCCAUAUGUACUCGAAUUGUCUGCAUUGUCUUACUGAUUCAAUGUGUGGAUGGUGCAGUGUGAACAACAAGUGCUUGCCAAGAAGCCUUAAUGAAACAGAAUAUUGUGUUUCUCCUACAAAUGUUGAUGAAUGGCACUAUCUUACCCUGUUGCCGUCUAACUGUGCCAAUUGCUCCAACUAUAUUUCUUGUGAGAGUUGUGUAGGUAGUAAUUUAUGUGAAUGGUGGACUGAAGAUGCAAGAUGUGCCCGUCGCGGCAGGUUUUCUGAUGCUGUUGUGGACUUGGGUCAGUGUCCCACACCAUGCCAUAAACGCACUAAUUGUUCCCAGUGUUUGGAUGAAGGACGCUGUGUAUGGUGUGAAGCUACACAGGAAUGCUUCUCAUUUUCUGUGUAUACCUCUGAAUACCAAUUUGGUCUUUGUCGGGAGUGGGUUGAUCAAGUGUAUAGUACCGGUUAUCCUUCAAGUAGUUCUUAUCAGCAACGGACUGGUGGAGGAAUUAAACCAGCAAUUGGAAAUGACAAUGAACAAUGUAAAUCAUGUAGUCGGCAUACAAAUUGCUCAAGUUGUUUGCAUACAUUGAGUUGUGGUUGGUGCUAUGAUACGAACAACCCUAUAACUGGUGUUUGUGUACAGGGUGACUUCAAUAAACCUCUUAUUGAUGCAUGUAGUCAAGCUAUAAAUGAUGUACAUAACACAAGUUUAGAUGAACAAGAUGCAAGUUGGUCUUAUGCAGAAUGUCCCGAUGUAGAUGAAUGCUCUCUUAACUUGGAUAAUUGUCACAAGUUUGCAGAUUGUACUAACACUAGAGGAUCCUUUAAGUGGACUUGGUGCUUCAGUAACUGUGUGAAUGGUUAUUGCAUGGGCAAGCCACAUUUCUCCUGCAAAUGUGAUUUGGGUUGGACGGGCGAAGACUGUAGUAUCAGUUGUGGAUGCAACAAUCAUUCCACUUGCAAGGAAAAAGUAGGAGUGUGUGAUUUGUGUCAUGACUGGACAGAAGGACAAUUCUGUGAACGUUGCAAAAAUGGAAGUUUUGGGAAUGCAACUACUUCUCAAGGAUGUCAUGCUUGCAAUUGCAAUGGCCAUGGUGAUGCAUCUCGUGGUAUUUGUGAUCCACACACAGGUGUGUGUUUCUGUCAAGAUAACACCGAGGGUGAUAACUGUGAAAGGUGUAAAAAAGGAUAUUAUGGAGACCCAAGGCAUGGUGGUAUGUGCUUUUAUCAGUGUAUGUCAAGGGGAAUGUUGUAUGGCACUGAUUCUCAAGGACUUGGUAGUCGGUUAGGUGAACGAACGCCAUGGGAAAUGCGGCCUGCUUCUCCACCAACCAAAGAAUGCUUAUGGAUUGUAAAGCCUAAUGGAUCUCAGAACAAAUCACUUAAUUCUGAUGGAUCAUCAAGCAUAAUUCAGUUUACAAUCCAUGAUGAUAUAAAUGUGAGUUGCCAAGAAAACAGUGUGUAUGUUUAUGAUGGUCUUCCAGAGUUUGUGUCUUCCAAUACAGGACACCAGAGUCAUGUUCUUGGAAUUUUUUGUAGUAUGGACACCAAUUACCCAGUUACAGUAGAAGCUAAAUCUGGGACUUUGACUGUUUAUUAUAAGCAAGGAGACUUUGCCGAGGGAUUUAAUGCCAGUUACUCAGUUUUAACUUGCAAAGAUAAGUGCUAUGGUAACCAUGUGUGCCACAAUGUUACAAAGCAAUGUGUGUGCAAAGAGGGAUAUACAGGUGCCAACUGCUCUACACUUAUGUGUCCAAACAAUUGCAGUGCAGAAAGGAAACAAGGUGUAUGUGAUAAGGUAUAUGGUCGAUGCCUUUGUACUGCAGAUUUUGGUGGAAAUGAUUGUUCCGUUACAUUGAAGGAAUCACAAUUAGUUUUCACCAGAUUAUUUGAUUCUAAUAUGCUGGCAGAUAGUUUGGAACAUUUGCGAAAGACAUUACCACGAUUUGGUCACAGUUUAGUGCUUGAUAAGAGAGGCUCAUUGUGGAUGUUUGGUGGUUUUUCUUUAUCCCAUGGCCCAUUAAAUGAUAUUAGAUUAUUUGAUACCAAGAACAAUACUUGGAUGCCAGUAACUGUUGAUUCCACACGAGAUACAAAUAUGCCACAAGGUCGCUACUUUCACGCUGCUGAAUUUAUAAGUUCUCGACAGGAGCUCUAUGUUUAUGGAGGGUUGACAGAGAAAGCUGCUUCCAUUGUUGGUCUUGGUAGUAAUACUUUAAACGACUUCUGGAAGUUUGAUUUGAAGAAUCAACGUUGGACUGAUAUACCUUACAUACAUAGAAAGAAAAAGGAAGCUCCACCACUAGCAGGUCAUACUUUGACAUUAUGUCGACUCCAAGAAUCUGAGACAUUAGUACUAAUUGGAGGAUUUAGUCCUAAGUAUGGGUUUCUGGAUACUGUGUGGGAAUUUGAUCUAAAAACUGGAGAAUGGGAUACUUUGAACAUCACUGGAAGUGGCCCUUUAGGUGUUUAUGGUCACAGUACAGUGUACCAUAGUCCAUCAAAAAGUUUCUAUGUCUUUGGAGGCUAUUUGUAUGGCAUUAAUCGUACUUUUAUUUCAAAUAAAUUGUAUGCGUUUCAUUAUCCUACUCGCACUUGGACUCUCCUUCCUGGUUUUGAAGAAUACAAUCCAUAUGAUGAACAUUUGCCAAGGGCUCGAUUUCUACAUUCUGCUAUUUCAACGGAUGAUUUCAUGUUAAUAUUUGGUGGACGUUCAUAUCCUCAGAAUACCACUGAUUCUCUUGUAGCUUACACUUACACUUGCAAUCAGUGGAUUCGUCUUAUUUCAAGAGAUAUUGAUAUUGUGGGGACUCCUCCACCUCAUACUUUUUCUCAAGCCAUGACAUUUGAAGUUGAUUCAGAUAAACCUUACAUAAAAGCAUACAUCAUUGGUGGUUUUGACGGCAGCAUCCAGAAUCAUGUUACUAGGAUUACUCUACCUCGAGAUUUGUGUGCUCUGUGGACGGAUAAGGAUAAAUGCCGUAAUUUUCUGGGAUGCUCAUUUUGUGGUGUUUUUUAUGAUCAAAAUACUAAUGUAACUAACUCCACAUACUGUUAUUCCAACAAUCGGCCAUCAUUUGAAAGAUGUGAAAAUCAAGAUGGUACCAUUGAAAGUAAUAAUGGGGUAACAUGUGAUGCGUCAUGGCUUGCUAAUAGACGCUGUGAGCAGUUCUUGACAUGUACAGAAUGUCUUUCACAAUGGCCAGGACAACUUCUUCUACAGCCACCGGCUUGUAAAUGGUGUACUGGUUGUUCCAAGGGACAUUGUGCUUCAUUAUAUGGAGAUUGUGAUAAUGAAUUAAAAUGCACCAGAGAUCGAGCAUAUGCUAAUAUAACUGUAUCUAAUCAAUGUCCAGAAAGACAGUGUGCUGCUUCUGACUGUGAAAAAUGUUCAGAUACAGGCACGUGUGCCUGGACGAGACAAGCUCUUCGAACAGAUCAUGGUUUGCAGGUAACAGGUGAAUCAGUCUUUGAUUGGGACUGUGCAUCUCUGGAAUAUAAUGAUAGAACAGAUGUUGACUUUAAGAUAAUUCCUCCGCCUGUAUGCCCAUCUCGCUGUAGUGAGCACACUUCCUGUGAUAGUUGCCUUGCAUCUGAAGGGGCAGAAGGAGGAUGGCAUGAAUGUCGCUGGUCUGUUAAACUAAAUGAGUGUUUAUCUCCGAGCUAUCAACCUUUGUAUUGUUCAGGAGGUGUUUGUGGUUUGGUUUUGCGCCGAGAUAAUAUAGGUCGCUGUCCAGAACCAUGUUCAACUUUCAGACAGUGUUCUACCUGUUUACGUCAUGCUCAUUGUGGGUGGUGUUCUGUGGAGUCAGGAAAUAACACUGGUUAUGGGUUUUGCACAGAAGGCUCUGAUGAACCAAAUCGUGGAACUUGUGAUAGUCUGUUUUCUAAACAACAUGAACUUCUUAUUUUUGGUACCAUAAGAAGUGAGAGUGUUAUUUUUACAAAUACUUCUGCAUCUUCUGAGAAUUGGUCUUCCGGUCAUGAUGACUUCGGUUUCUCUUACCAUUAUUUUAAAUGUCCUCCAGAGAAUGAGUGUCUAAAUAACCAUCACACUUGUGAUGUUAAAUCUGAACAGUGUGUUGAUCAAGAGGAGGAAUAUCUUUGUCAGUGUGGACAAGGUUAUAGAUCAGAAAAGGGAAUGUGUGUGCCUGUGUGCAGUCAGGGGUGUGUGCGUGGUAUUUGUAUAGAACCAGACAUGUGCAAAUGUGAUUUUGGCUAUGUCGGUGCAAACUGCAGUAUUCAGUGCCAAUGCAAUGGACAUUCAGAUUGUGAAGGUCCUGAUAAAUUGACAGUCUGUUUAAGCUGUCAAAACAACACCCAGGGGCCCCGAUGUGAAAGAUGUAAACCUAUGUUUGUUGGAGAUCCUUCUAAUGGAGAAGAAUGUGUACCAUGUAUUGAAUAUUGUCAUGGUCAUACAUCAAUUUGUGUGAAUGACAGUAUAUCUCCGACAUCAGCAGAAAUUUCAAAAAAUGCUUUUCAACUAGAAGGACCUACAAGCCGAGCUCGUUGUUUAUCUUGUGGAAACUUGACUAGUGGAGACAGAUGUGAGGGUUGCAUUCUUGGACAUUUUAGAAUUAAUCAGGAUAAGCGAACCCCAUGUCGUCCAUGUGAAUGUCAUGGACAUGGUGAUACAUGUGAUCCUGACACUGGAGAAGGUUGUGAUUGUAAGAAUAACACAGAAAGUGAUCCCUCUUGUAAUAGUCAUAAUAAUAAAGGUUUGUCCCAGUGUUGGAUGCAUCAGUGUUCCAAAUGUAAAGAUUCGUACAUGGGGACUCCCACAAAUGGUCAUCAAUGUUAUCGCCAGAUGAUAGUGGAUUCUAAGUUCUGUUUUGAUGCCAAACAAUUAGAGGAAUGCAAAAUUAAACCUAAACCACUAUAUCCAGGACAGUCUGUUUUUUUUGUAAUACAACCAAGAUUUAUGAAUGUGGAUAUUCGUGUUAUUGUUGAUGUGACUCAAGGUUCAUUGGAUCUUUUCCUGAGUCCUCUGGAAGACACAUUUGUGGUGACAACAAAUGCGUCAACAGGAGCCCACAUGGUGGAGGUUGAUCGCAGAUACCAAAGACGUUCCACAGCUACCACCACUUAUGAAGGAGAAUACCGCGUGAAUUUAAGUGUUCUGGAGUUGGUUUCUUCCGAUUCUGACUAUUCAUCUGUAAACGGUACAUCUGUAACAGAUCACUAUUAUCGGCAGACAUAUGUGAUGCGUGAAACUCAAGCUCAUCCUUUAACUACGUUUGUGUCUGUUCAUGAUAAGAAUAUGUUUGUUAUUGUUCGAAAUCUUCAAGACAGGCUAGUGUUGACAAUACCUCAGGACAAACACGAUCUUGGUGCAACUAAAUUUUUUAUUGCUCUUACCGCAACAGGGAUUUCAAAUGAUGAAAAUUCUCAUUUUCCAAGUUAUGGAAUGAUUUUCUUCCGUCAAGAUCAGUUACAUAUUGAUUUGUUUGUGUUCUUUUCAGUUUUCUUUUCAUGUUUCUUUUUGUUCUUGGCUGCUUGUGUGGUAGCAUGGAAGGCCAAGCAGGCUGCUGAUGUUAGAAGGGCAAGAAGACGACAUGUUGUAGAAAUGUUGCAUAUGGCAAAGCGUCCUUUUGCUACUGUCACCUUGUUGCUUGAUCCUCCAAGUGAAAACGAUGAUGCUCUGAUGUUCCUACCAGCAUCUUCAUCUCAGUCACCUCAUCGCAAGAAACAACGCAAACAUGUCCAGAGUGUGGGGGAAAUCCGACCUGUUGCAGUGGAGCCAACUGAUGACGGUGUGGCAGCUGUUGGAACAGUGUUUGUCAGGCUUCCUGGUGGGAGUGAAGCUCCUGUUCAUCUAGCUCUUGCAUCUUCCCUAAUACUGCUAGCAAGAGUGUAUCCUAAUAGCAGGGCGUUUCUUCGUCGAAGGAGUAGCCAUGCCCCAUCAUAGUGUGCCAGACGUUGCAGACCAUCCACUUCUACAAUCUCAACCACUGGUUUUCAUUAUUUUUAUAUAAAUCUAUUUAAAAUAUUUGAUUGUGAAUUAAUUAAUUUUAACUAGGUUUGAAAAUUGGCUGCUUCAAUACAUAUCUUCUUUGGCAGCAUUUCUCAACCAAUUUUUUCUAUUUAUUGAAGACUUGCAAAUUGAGUAAGGCCUUUGUAUUUUGAGAUACUAUAGUGUAAGAGAAAGUGAAGUUUUGGAAUGGUAUGUUUGUGUUAAUUAAGCAUACAUUUAUUCCAGAAUUCAGAAUGUCCCAGAACUUACAUCUUUAUUGUUGGGUGAGAAAUACUGCUGCCCAUGUAAGUUAUGCUGAUAUUGAAACAAGUCUGUUAUAAGACUUUUUAGAGUAUAUUAGUAGUUAUGCUUUUUAACAUAUCAUAGCUGAAAUUUUGCCCACAUGUUAAAAGAAAAAUAAUGGCAAUUAUUUUUGAAAUAUUAUUAACAUGAUGAGUCAGCCAGUUUGGUGAGAUUUUAGGGAAGAUGUUCUUUGUUCCUAAAGUGUUGGGCUCAUUGUUGUUGAGAAGACUGUGUCUGGUUUUUGAUCAUUGCAAUUUGUGAUUAGUAUUGCCAAAUCUGUUUUAUUUGCUUUUAAAUUCCCCUGGAGAAUACAAAUUCUUAAGUUAAAACAUCUUCAUGCACACCUUUUUUACAUAUUAUUUUUAAUGUGGGAUAUAUGAUUCUGAACGGAUUUCUAUGUAACUUACUAUUUGUCGUCUUAUGCAUUGCAGUUGUGUUUCAUCUUUGAAUUUGUGCCUUUAAGUAGUAGCUUGCCCAUGAGAUUUUAAGUUACAAUGGUGAUUAAAAGAAGUUUAAAUGAAUGAUAUAAAAGUGUGGUAAUUUGUACCUUAAAUUUAUUAUUAUUGUUCUGUUAUGACAUUAUUUAAUUAUUUUAAUCUCAUAUUUCUGAUUUUUAAUUGUACACAUUCCUGCCCAAAUAUUGUCUCUGCAUGCAUAGACAAGGUACACAAUACUCAUUCAUUACAUUGAAAGUCUUACAUGACAUUCCUUCAGUAUACAUUCCAUAGUUUUCAAAUGCACAUGAAAAGUCCUUGCUCAAAAACUUGCAAUAGAAUGAAGCAAUGCACUUGUAUUGGCUUUUCUGAUGGUAUGUAUUUUUAUUUGCACAUUGAAUGGUACAUGUAAAAUAAAAUAUUGUGCCAAUUUAUUUUAAAUGUCUCAAUGUUUUGUGCCCGUAUUGAUUGUGAGGGUUCUUAUCAUCGAUGUGUUGAAAGACUUUAUUUUAGAAUGUCAUGUUUAAAAUUGUGUAAAGUGAACUCCCCCUGGCGAUUUAAUUGUAUAUUGAAGUGUACAGAUAGUGUGUAUCCAUGAAGGUGCAUGAUAUCCAAAUGAAUUUCAGAAUCUCUAAUAGAGAAAUUAAUUUUAAUAAAAAUUAUUUCAAUGUUUUAAGUUUAUAUUGGUAUAAGAAUUUUAUGUAGUUACCAUUUUGGAUAUAAAUGCACAUUUGUGUAAUUAUAUAAUUUGGGGCUAUUUUUGUAUAUGUAUAUGUGUACAUGUAAAUAGUGUUCAUAGUGAACUGGGUUUGGGAGAUGAUUUUGCCAGGGGGCUUGAUGUGUUCUGAAUGGUGCAAAUGCAUUUCCUCUGGAAGAUGUAUAAAUGAUUGUUACUGUCCAACUGACUGAUACCUGAGUAAUUCUCAUUGUCUGUCUUCAGUAUUAUGUCAUGUGAUAAAAACAUCACAAUGUAUCUUAUGACUGUAGUGUAAUAUUUUCCUGUUAAGUACAAUUUGUACACAAAGCACAACAUAUUUUGACCUUCCUUUAAUGUGGAAAUCAGCUAGAUACUAGUUUCUGUUUUUAAAAAAAUGUAAUGUGUACUGUAUAUAGAGACUGGGUUGUGGUAGUUCUCUGUUGUUUGCCUUUUGUAGUCUUUAAUUUUCUUGAACUGUGAAAUGAGUGCAGCUGACAUGACUUUCUCCAUUUAAAGGGUAUUAUAUAUUAAAUUUUAUUCUGUUGCUAUUUUUUUUAAUGACUUUAAAUAAUUUUCUGUGGUUUGGUUUUUAGUUUUUAGCUUUUCUGAAGAUUAUGUAUAUGAAGCAUUGUUGUGUAUAUGCAAAGUAUAUGAAAUGUUAAUAGCACAAGUUUUAUAUUUAUUUUUGAUAAAUUAUUUGCUGCUGAAGCAGAAUUAUGGAUUUAAGUGAAUCAGAUUAUUGUCUGUUUCCAAGUUCUUUGGAUUAAUUCUAAAUUUUCAUUACAUGUUUAAUGUCUUUAUUUUAAUUGUGUGGACUGUAUGAUUAUUUUGAACUUGGGUAACAUGACACUGUUUAGUCAGUUAUUUCAUUGUGAUAAUUAAAGCAUUUAUUUUGUUUAUUACUCUUGUAGACAGUCAUUAUAUAAAUGUUACAUGUUUUAGAGAUACUGUUUUUACAGCAGAAAGUUUCAUCUUGUCUUUCUAUCUUCAUUUCAGGAGAAAUUGUGGAGAGUGCUUCUUAACCUUUAUUGUCUAAAAUUUAAGUAUUUCUUAUAUUCUAUAUAUUUCAAUAAUUUCACUUAAUGAAAUAUGUAUGUGCUUUCUGAAUACACGUGGGUGUUACCAAGGCGAUUAGUGUGAAAUUAUUUGUAUGCCUCCUUUAUUUUUCUAUUCUCCGUGAAAUAUACAGUGCACCCCUCUAAAGCGCAUUACCUUAUCUAUAUUGCUUGUGCAGUAUAGAGAAUGUAUUGUAAUGCUGUGGGGGAAAACAGUGAUUAUUCGCCAGAAAAUCUCUUAAUGUCUCUACAUCUCUUAUUGAUAGGACCUGGUAAUGAAAAAGUUGAUAAAUCAAAUGUAUAUAGUAAGUUACUUCUUCCAACGUGUUGUGUAAUCAGAAUCCAUAUUGAAAUAAGAUCAUGUAUAAUUUUUCGAAAAUAUGAGUAAUUUUCACAUAAUUUUACUUGAAAUGUAGAAAAUUUUUAAACAAUUAUUUUCC